CCUGUUCCUCCAUCUUGCCCUUUCUCUGUACUCGACCCCCUCCCCCUCCUGGACUCGGUUGAAAUGUCAAAGUUUUCCACCCUCCCAGACAUCGACCUCACCUCGGUAGACGUCUACGAGACUGCCUCUUCUCCCGAGCUCAAGCCGAGCAAGGGCUCUCGCAGUACAGGAAGGAUUGGCUCAGGAGCAGGGGGUAGAGAUUCAGAUGUCAGCACGGACGAGGACGAGGCAGAUGGCGGGGCCGGCUCGCCUUCUCAGAGGCGGAGGCGAAGAGAAAGAAAAGCUGAAGAGGAAGAUGGGAGAGGAGUGAUCGACAAGAAGGGGAUCGGGAGUGAUGAGGCGAGAAUGAGGUUCCAGGGUAGUACAGAGGUGCAACGAGGAGAGUCCUCGCUUUCCCAGAGUCGGCGAAAGAAGGAUACCACCUACAUCGACUCGGACAUCUAUGAGCUGGAAGCUGCCAGCAACAGAGCUUCAGAGACCCCACUAGCACGUCUGAGACGGCUGCGCUUAGAGGCGGAGGAACUGGAGCAGCAGCUAGCAGCACAAGCAGAGACUGAGGCAAGCACGGAUGGAGCAGCUGCCAAUGGGACGACGGCGCAGCCUUCGCCGGAGGCCUUGCUGGCUCAGGUACGCGCUCUGAGGGUAGGACUGGGCAAUCUCAAUGGUGCCUCGGCUGAUGGGAAAGACACAAUGGCAGCCAGCAGAGUUGCAGAUGCUCGGAGUCUAUUGCAAGCUCUAGAGAACGGCUCCACUGUAAACCUAGAUGCUCGCGCAGCAGACACAAAGGCUGCUCACAGCGGUGCAGCUACAGCAGCUGUCACUGGGUCUACGGCUCUUGCUGAAGUCGAGGAGCGCUUGGCUGCACUUGAGUCAAUUGUGGGAUCUAGUCAAGGUGUGCUCGAAGAGACUCAGUCGCUGCCUCGUCCCUUGCUCCCGACAUUAGCUCGUCUGGAGCACCUCUCGACGCUGCUCAAUCAGCCCCGGCACAUUGACGCAAUUUCAAAGCGAAUCAAGAUCUUGGUCUCAGAGCUGGACCGAGUCUACGAGUCGAGGAAGAAGCUUGCCGCGCUUCCUGGCAACCUCUCCUCGACUGUUGCUACGCUCAACGAUGGCAAGAGCUCCAGCAAGGGCGGUGAAGACGCGGCCACCCCACUAGAUCCCAUCACUCUCUCGAAGUUGGACGAUCUCUUCGCCCUCUCGUCUCGCGUACAGCCCCUGCUGCCCCUCGCGCCUAGCCUACUCGCAAGACUGCGCUCGCUAUCAUCUCUACACUCGUCAGCAUCGCAAUUCUCGUCUUCCCUCGACUCGCUCAAGACUUCUCAAGGCGAGCUCAAGAGUGGACAAGAAGAGGCGAAGAAGGCUCUGAGCAGCUUGGAGGAGAGCAUGGCGGGAAAUGCAGAGAGGGUAAAAGGCAACCUCGAUGUGGUGAUGAAGCGCAUGGAGGAUCUGGACAAGAGGCUCAAGGCCUUGUGAGAGAAGUCGUCGUCGUUCUGCAAUGUCACACUUGAUACCCAU